ACAGGAAGAAGAAGAAAAAAAAGGAAAAAGAGAGUAUUUAAAUGGGGGCAAAAUUGAAGGCCUAAGUGGGUUUAUAGCUUUAUCCUUCCAAACUGUAUUUGGCAUCGAAGGCCGCACACGUUUCUUAAGCACGUCCCUACGCGGACAGACUACUUUGGAAGUUUGAGACCUUAAAACCCUAGUCUCGGGCUCUGGCAUUUUCUGCUUCUCUGCUGCUCUACAUCGCUCUCUCAGGGAAAAAUGAGUCGCUCUAGCAAGAGCAACAAGACAUUGUAUGUUGGCAAUCUUCCUGGUGAUACGCGUGAGCAUGAAGUGGAGGAUUUGUUUUACAAGUAUGGACCGAUUGCACAUAUUGAAAUGAAAACUCCUUCCAGACCUCCCUGUUAUGCUUUUGUGGAGUUUAAAGAUGCUCGUGAUGCUGAUGAUGCUAUUCGUGGCCGUGAUGGCUAUGAUUUUGAUGGACAUCGAUUGCGGGUUGAGUUGGCCCAUGGUGGUCGCAAUCAGUCAUCAUUUAAUGACCACCACAGUAGCUAUAAAAGUGGUCGAGGUCCACGGGGUGGUUUGUCUAGGCGUUCUGACUAUCGAGUGUCGGUCACUGGAUUGCCCAAAUCUGCUUCAUGGCAAGAUCUUAAGGAUCACAUGCGUCGAGCUGGGGAUGUUUGUUUCUCCCAAGUUUUUCGCGAGGGUAGUGGAAUGUCUGGAGUUGUAGAUUACACUAAUUAUGAUGACAUGAGACAUGCCCUAAAAAAACUUGAUGCGUCUGAGUUCCAAAACGCAUACUCCAGAGCAGUAAUAUAUGUUAAGGAAUACGACUCAGGUCGCUCUAGAAGCCUAAGUCGAAGUAGAAGCCCUUCUUAUUCAAGAGGGAAGAGUGGUGGGCACAGCCGCCAUCGGCACCGAAGUUAUAGUCGUAGCAGAAGCAAGUCUCCUAAAGCCAAGGCUUCUCGACGUUCAAGAUCACAUUCAAAAUCAUCAUCACGAUCUGAUUCAAAGUCAAAUGGCCGCUCUAUGUCAAGAGUGUUCCUAAUAUUACUAAUGUGGCUAUCUGUUUCUUACCAUUACUCCAUUACCGUGUUACAUGGAUGUACUGCUCCUGCUUCUUUGAUUGUUUUUAAAGUUUACUGAAGGAUAAACCCUCUAACGUUGUGGAUCAAAUUAAUGUUUGGAAGAGUGGUUUGAUCUUGAAGUACUAAAAGGAACUUGAAUGGAUAUGGCUCUAUUGCCUAGGAUCAUGAAUGGAUAUGGCUCGGUUGCCUAGGAAGUUAAUUGGAUUUGGCUCAAUUGCCUAGGAACUUGAAUGGAUAUGGCUAAAUAGCUUAUGGCACUUUUGGUUGUUGAGAUCUCUAUCAAGAUCUAGAUCCCCAGCACCUCCGCUGAAGAAAGAUGUCAAUGAAAGCCUGAAGAAACACAGCCCCAGUGGAAGCCCUAUCCGGAGUCGCAGCCAGAGUUUAUCCAAAUGAGAGAGAUCGGGUGAUGGUUGAACAUUUACUACUGGUGCGAGUUUCCCUGCACGGAUACACUUGAAUUUCAUUGACCGAGACGGAACAGUGAGAUCUCUCCUUCAUCCUUCUAACCUUUAUUGUUUUUUUAUUUCUGAGAUUGGCCAACAAUUUGAGGCAUCGAGCCAGAUUAUACAUACUUGUGUAUUUUAGUCAAAGAUUUGCAAAGCUAUUUGUUCGUGCGGCAGGAAGAUUGGUGUACAAAUUUGGAUCCGGCAGAGUAAACUCCAUGUGGAGUUGCUCCACAAGUGGAAUCUUGGCAUUUACUUUAUCUUCUGUGUUCUCUGAAUCCUUAGUUCACAGCACAUCUUUCGCUUCUACAUUCUAUCUAUGUUCUGUUUUUGGGUGGUGGAUGAUUGAUUAGGGUCCGUUUGGUACACAUUCGGGCCAUGGAAUUGGAAUUGAAAAUCUUUAAUUCUAGAUUUUCUGUUUGGUUCCACAAAAAUAUGUGGAAUGAAUUUCAAUUCCAAAU